CUUCCCUUGCAGGAGUCCCGCUGGCAGAAGAUGAAGAUGCAACCAAAGUUGAGAUCCGCCUCGUUGGUGGCCCCAGCCGCUGCUCUGGGAGAGUUGAGGUGCUUUACAAGGACUCCUGGGGGACCAUCUGUGAUGACCAGUGGGAUUUACGGGAGGCGAAGGUUGUGUGCAGGCAGCUGGGCUGUGGGACGGCGGUGUCAGCUCCUCGAGAGUCUAAAUAUGGGGAAGGGAAAGAUCAAAUCUGGCUGAGUGACGUGAACUGCAAAGGGACAGAAGCGUCCCUUGCCGAAUGCGAGGCGAAGCCGUGGGGAGACAACGUCUGCAACCAUGUGGAAGAUGCCAGUGUGGAGUGCUCAGAAACAGACAUAACUGAGCCAGGACCAGUCCGGCUGGUGGGAGGCCCCAACCGAUGUGCUGGGAGGGUCGAGGUGCUUCAUGAAGAGCAGUGGGGCAGCGUGUGUCACGAUGAUUGGGAUCUAAAUGAUGCCCAAGUCUUGUGCAAGCAACUAGGCUGUGGGGAUGCGGUGCUGGCCCCCAUUGGAGCCAAAUUUGGCCAAGGAUCUGAAACUAUCUGGCUGGAUGACGUGAACUGCACAGGGGUGGAAGCUGCUCUCUCUGAGUGCUCGGCGAGGCCAUGGGGGGACCACAAUUGUUACCACGGGGAAGAUGCCAGUGCAAUUUGUUCAGACUCGGGGAUCACCGUCUCAACUUCAGUCCGCCUUGUGGGUGGCCCCAACCGCUGCUCUGGGAGAGUUGAGGUGCUUCACAACGGCAUCUGGGGGACCAUCUGUGAUGACCAGUGGGAUUUACAGGAGGCAAAGGUUGUGUGCAGGCAGCUGGGCUGUGGGAAUGCUGUAUCAGCCCCUCCAGAGUCAAAAUACGGAGAAGGGAAAGGCCAGAUCUGGCUGAGUGACGUGAACUGCACGGGGACAGAAGCGUCCCUUGCCGAAUGUGAGGCGAAGCCGUGGGGUCACAACAUCUGCAACCAUGUGGAAGAUGCCAGUGUGGAAUGUUCAGAGGUGGACAUUCCUGAGGAGGGGCCAGUCCGGCUCGUAGAUGGCCCGAACAAGUGUGCUGGGAGAGUGGAGGUGCUCCACGAGAACCGGUGGGGCAGUGUGUGUGAUGACAACUGGGACAUGAAGGAUGCCAAGGUGGUGUGCAAGCAGGUGGGCUGUGGGUCACCAUUGUCGGCUCUGGGAGGUGCCCGCUAUGGGCGAGGGUCAGACAUCAUCUGGCUGGACGAUGUUGAAUGCAAUGGGACAGAAGACAGCAUCUUUGACUGUCAGGCCAGGCCAUGGGGUGAACACAACUGCUAUCACGGAGAGGACGCAGAUGUUGUUUGUGCAGUUAACAAGAACCUGGAGGAACCAGAAGCACCAUGA